AUGAAAAAUAGUUCAAGUGAAAGCUGGGACUCGGCCUCUGUUGAUGAAUUAAAACUUACCGUGGCGCAGAAAAAAACAAGAGCAUCCAAUAAGCUAUCAAAAUUGAAGAUUCUUCACCAGUUUUUGUUUAUAAUUGAGUGUCUGAGAAUGGAAAGGGAAUACAUCCUUGCUGGUGGCUUGAAUGACUACGAGAAAUUCGAGAAUAUUUGCAAGGACAUCUCAGAAGGUGGUAUAAAUAGCGCAUGCAUGGGAAUGUUCUGUGGCCUGUUCCCUGGUGUUAAAGGCCCGAAACAUUGCUUCGCUCCUCCUUUUGAUGGGAAUAUUUCACUUUUUGUAAAUCUAAAUGCAAACAGUAUUCCCUGUAGAAUCUACUUUAGCCUCGGAAAAGAGAUAGAGUCAUUUCUAGAAUAUUCUCUGAACAGUACCGUCGUUAAAUACAAAUCUACGGUGGAUGGAUUGUGUUUUUCUGUCGAUUUCAAUGGCUUUAUUUCCGAUCAAACUGUCAAUUUUUCUAAAAAGUACUCACACCAUCACUUUUUUGUCAAAAUCAUAAACGAAUUUGUGCAGAAAGAGCAGGUAUUUGGACGCAAAGAUAGAGAAGGUAAUGGAUAUAGCUUUGAAAUGAAUCGAUUUGAUUGUAGUGCAUUCAGCAUGCUAGAUAGCCAGAGAUUGAGAUCUAUUCCUCAGUGCCUGUCUAAAAUUAAAAUACACCCUAUUUACAUGUUAGAAGAGUGUUGUCGUUUCAACGAAACAAUCUAUCCAAAAAGACCAGUCUUUGGAUAUUAUAAAGGCAAGCCCGUGUUUCCAAAGAAUAACAUUGUAAAACUAAGGACGGAGAACGGAUGGUAUUAUCAGGGAAGAGUACUUAAAGAUAACAAGUACGAUGUUACCAAACCUUAUAGAAUAUAUAAGGGCAAGAGGCUGUAUGCAGAGUUUCAAACCGAACCUGUUGACAUCAGAAGUAUCACUGGUUCAGUCAUGGAUGCCUUCCAUCCCAACUUCACCCCAAAAGGCUGUGUUUAUGUUGACUAUGAUCCUCAAAUAGCCAUUGACUUGAAUCUUAAUUUUGCAGAAUGCAUCGUUGGUCACCGAGGAAAGGAAAAAAUUAAAAGAGGGUUUUAUAUUGAAAAGAAGUACUGCUUCAUAACCAAUUACUUUAUUAAAGAAAAAGAGUAUUAUAAAGGGAUGGUUGAGGAGAUUGAAAAGAUUGAAAAAACGAUUGGGGAAUGGAGAAGAUUUAUAAGAAAAGUUAUGAGGAUGGCGGAAAUAAGGAAAAGGGUAGGGCUGUCAUAG